CCUAGAGCACCGCCACCGCCGUGGUCGCACGCUCCGUCUCGCUCCAUCCGCGCUGAGCCCGGGUGGCUCGAGCCGCGGUUGCUCGCAGUGCCACGCGUCCGCAGCGAGGGACCCCAAGACCCACGACGCUGACAGAAUGAACCGCACCGCUUACACCGUGGGAGCUUUGCUUCUCCUCUUGGGGACCCUACUGCCGGCUGCUGAAGGGAAAAAGAAAGGGUCCCAAGGAGCCAUCCCGCCUCCAGACAAGGCUCAGCAUAAUGACUCUGAGCAGACCCAGUCUCCACCACAGCCUGGCUCCAGGACCCGGGGGCGGGGUCAGGGGCGGGGCACUGCCGUGCCAGGCGAGGAGGUGUUGGAGUCCAGCCAAGAGGCUCUGCACGUGACGGAGCGCAAGUACCUGAAGCGAGAUUGGUGCAAAACUCAGCCCCUGAAGCAGACCAUCCACGAGGAAGGCUGCAACAGCCGUACUAUCAUCAACCGCUUCUGCUACGGCCAGUGCAACUCCUUCUACAUCCCCAGGCACAUCAGGAAGGAGGAAGGCUCCUUCCAGUCUUGCUCCUUCUGCAAGCCCAAGAAGUUCACCACCAUGAUGGUCACGCUCAACUGUCCUGAGCUACAGCCACCCACCAAGAAGAAAAGGGUCACACGUGUGAAGCAGUGCCGUUGCAUAUCCAUCGACUUGGAUUAAGUCGGGGGGGGGGGGGGCACAUCCAGCCUGUCAUAGCCAUGCCGAGAGCCACACCUAAACCACCCGAUUCCUACUUGGCUUAAACCUAGAGGCCAGGAGAACCAGCAGUUGCUUCCUGCCAGGAGGCUGCUUACGCAUAGUGUAUGCGCAUGAGUGUGCGUGGGUGCCUGUGGAUGUUUCCGAACACCAGCGGAAACAGCCUCUGCUAAAAGGCGCUUCCUGUUACUCUGCUUCAGAUGGUCGGAAAUGCCCACAGCACUGGACCCAAACAGCUACAGGGGCAGGGCUGAGGUUGGCUUUGCCAUUGUGUUCCAUGUGUCCUCCCGGGCACCAGGAUUUCACCUGAGAGUGAAUCCUAACGGAAGAGGUAAUUCAGAGGGCUGCAUUAGACUUGGGACUGUUCUGUGCUUGUCCUUUCCUCCUCCCACAACCCAUUCCUUUCUUUGCUCUCCCUGAUAGCUCAGUCUUAGCCCAUGUUCCUAAAUUAAUUCACUUGACCGUGUGGUGUGUUUUCCAUCUUGUGAAAAACCUCCAGAAUGUGAGGAGACAUGUGAUGGAGGACAAACAGGACAGGAUUGACUCAAGGAGCACUGAGGCUGAGGACCACUCUGGGCCAGUGAAAUUCAGCAGCAAGAUGUCCAGAGUUUGAAAGUUAUUUUCCAAAACCAGUGCGAGCCUUGCUUCAGUGAAAAGGUUUUCCUGAUAUUUAAAAUGACCUAGAUGCACAGAGGAGAAAUAUAAUCAGCCAAAAUAUCCAAUUCUCUGUGCCUCUGUGACCUAAUAACACUAACUGUAACCCAAAGUUAAGAAUGAAAUAUUGAUCACUCCUGUUUUAAGAACGAAGUAAAUGAAAAACAACAACAAAAUAUGGCCUCCUACUUUGCUUCUCAGCAGGACAACUGAGAGCCUUGUUCACUGGGAUUAAAAACAAAAACAAAAAACAAAACACACACAGACACACAGACACACACACACAAAUCCCUAAGCUUAGUUUUGCUGCAUAAAUGUUGCUUUUCCAUCAUUCCUGUAAAAUGCUUUGGAGAUGCAGAACCUUGUGAUAAAAAUCCUGCCUUUGCUGACACCUGCCAAUAAGGAACCGUCUAAGAUUAGAGAGUUACCCACACCAUUCGAAUUAGAUAUGCAUGGGGGCUUUUCUGUUUGGCACUUGUUAGGAAUGAGAGGGGGAGAGAGAAAGGGAGGGAGGGAGGAUAGGAGAGAGAGAGAGAGAGAGAGAGAGAGAGAGAGAGAGAGAGAAAGGGAUUGCAUCUAUCUAGACAGUGCCUAGAGGAGAGGUAAGGGCUGUGAUUUCCUCUUCCUUUGUUUGCUCUCACAGGGUCUAUAAGAAAGUUCCAUCAGGAAACCAGAACCCUCGGGUAUAUUAGCGGGCCACCUGCUCCCAGUGGAUCUGUGUGCCAUUGUAAUCAACAGGCCUGCCAUGGAUGUUGUCAUCCCUAUACACCUGGGCUCCCCAAAUGCCUCCUCAGCAUUUACGUAGGGGCUGAAGGAAAAGGUGGGUAGGCCUUGAUACAAUUUGGAUUGGCUAAGCAGUUCUUAAGACUGAGAUUCUAGCUAUAAAUGCCCCCAGAUACCAGUUUUGUGUUUUCCUCUCAGAGUCGGUAGUCAAGUUCUGUGCCAUUUGGAAGGCAGGCAUCCCCCGCCCAUCAAAGCAGCCACAGUCAAAAAAAACCAAACCAAACCAACCAACCAAACAAACAAACAAAAACCAUUGGAAGUAAAGAAAUUAUUUUAUUUUGGUCUAGCCCAGUCUCACAUGACAUCUAAAUAGGAACCAUGCUGUAAGGCAAAAGCUAUCCCGAAUUCCCAAAACAGCAGGUCUAAUUUUGAAAGUUUGAAAGCCACUACUGAUGAUUCCACACUAGAUGAAUUUGUGCAAGCACGGUCUGUGUGUUUCGUUUUUAACGUGUGCCCCUUGCCUGAAUCUGUUUGUCUUCCACAUCCAUCACCAAUAAGGCACAGGAUGGAUUUGAUUAGGCCCACAGAUGCAAAGGCAGAGUUUUGAGGGUAGUGAAGGGUGAAAAAUAAAAGAGGAAGAAGCUGAAAAUAUAAAACCACAUCAGAGAGGAAAAAUGACACUCGGUGCUAAGAAAUGCCGAGUGUCUUGUUUUAAUUCUGCCACAGACAUGUAGUACUGUUAACGGGUGACAAGUUGGCAGCCUCAUCCACCCUCCAGGAGCUUGUACCACCGUCGCUAUGUAAGUUGGAUUUAGGUCACAUCAAGAAGAUUGCCUCAAAAUUAACUUCUUGAGAACGAUCAGCAGCAUAAAGUACCCUAAAAAGCACAUCACUGGCCAAAGAUGUGGGGUGUCUGCCUCCCUUGCUGUGGCUAGACCAAGACCAUCAGAAAUACAUGUCUUCCAUCAUUUAUUGAAGAUGCCCUGUCGGUUGUCUAUUUUGGACUCGCCAGUGAUGUAAUCAUGCUCAUUUUCUCCAACACUGCAGUAGAAGUGUUCUGUGGUAAGAGAGUUGUGAUCUUGAUCUUACCGAUUAAAAUAAUGCCAGACACCAAAUACGAAUUUUAUGGUGUUCGCUUAGUGCUUGGCACUGAAAAGGGAAUGCCACACACCUCGUUAAGUCUGCGUGCUUCUUUGCAACUGUAAUCUUCAAAGUUGUAAGUGAAAAAUCUGAAGGAAAAGAUAAUUUCCACCGUGUGGAAUGUGAAUAAGCAAAAAAAAAAAAAAGUUAUGGGUAUUUAAUGUAAUUAUGAAUUCAAGUCUGUCGGUUACUGUGAUUUCAAUCAUGUUUUCUUUCUCUAUUCUAUACGACGGCCUCUGUGUUGGGUAAAGAAGAACGUGUCUAUUUUAUGUUGUUAGAGGCUUUUGUCAGGUCAGAGGGAAACACAGUCUCAUUUGUUACUGAGUCAAGCAUGAGCUUUUAUUUUUUAAAACUGAAUGUUCCUUGAAAGUCGACACUUCUGAAGCAAUAUUAGGGAAGACUUUAAGUGUUAUUUUGGGAGAUGUAUAAUAUGUGUAUACAAGCAAAUAGCAGAUGAUGAUGGCUAGUUCACAAAGAUAUACGAACAGAACAUUCCUAAACAAGAAGCCUGAAAGAGUGAAAGAAAUUCUAUUGAUUUGUCAUUUCUCAAGAUAUUUAAUAUCAUCUACAUUGUGUAUUUAAUCUGCUUUAAUAAUUUUAAAACAAUGAACGAUUAUAUAGGCUAUGAUGGAACUACCUUGCUAUGGAUGAGGGUGAGACAGGAUUUACUGGUCUCAUAAAAGCUAAUUUGGCUUAAAGUUUUAUGAUCUGUAACUAGAAUUUUAUUUUCACCCUAAUAACAUUCUAUAUAACCUU